UAGGACCCUGCGGGGCUUCUCCGGUGAAGCACAUGGCGCUCACAAGACAACUCUUUGACUGUCAUUCUUCCCGCGGAGCCGCAACACUCCCGACACCUCCUCCUCCUGUGCCCGCCCAGCACCGCCCUCACGUCGGCCACACUUCGGCGAGAAUAGGCGCCUCACGGUCGGUGCUAAGUUGACCCAACUGAGGGACGCCUUUGGACUUUUUUUUUUUUUUUUUUGGGAAAACCUCCCCAAGGAGGGGGCGGGAGGGAAUGGAAGGGGGUUGGCCCGUCAGCUGUUUCGUGUUCGGGUGAUGGUUCGGCUCCACUGAACGCACAUUAGUGGGUCAGCGCCAUGCCGUCUUGGACUGUCAGCCCGCUCAUGUGGACAACACUGCAGGCUCUGUUGUGCUGUGGGACCGUGGACAUGGCACACGCUGCAGGGAGUCCCAGCGUUCAACACAGACCCACUGCCAAACUGAAACACUACCAGACCACAGUACCUCUUCAGCUGGUCGGACAAGACUGGAAACCGAUCCACCAGAUCCAGUCCCAGAGUCACCCCACGUCGUUGAAGCUGCUGAUUGAGGCGGAAGGUGAGCGGCUGCUGUUGGCUGUGGACAAAAAUGAGGGCCUUUUUGCAAGUAACUAUAAAGAAACUCAUUACCUGGAAGACGGCACCGCAGUCACAGACUCGCACAACUCUCUGGCGAACUGCUACUACCACGGCGAGGUGGAACAUCACGCCAACUCGGACGUCAGCCUCAGCACCUGUGCCGGUGUCAAGGGUUUGGUAGCUCUGGAAGGAAGAUCCUACGUGCUGGAACCCUCGGCCGACCACACCGACGGAACUCACUGGAUCUACAGGACGGAACACCUCAGUUUGACUCCUGGCACGUGCGGCCAUGACUUCAACAUAUCCUACCCUGGUGCACCGCCGGGCCGGAGCCCAUUGGGGGCCUUCAGCACGAGGCAAAAGCGCCACGCCCAGGCGACCACCACCCCCAAGUACGUGGAGCUCAUCAUCGUGGCCGACAACCGAGAGUUCCAGAAGCACGGCAAAGAUGUGGAGAAGGUCAAGCAGCGUCUGGCGGAGAUCGCCAAUUACGUGGACAAGUUCUACAGGGCUCUCAACAUCCGGGUGGCUCUGGUGGGCCUGGAAGUGUGGAGCGACGUGGACAAGUGUCCCAUCACCCAGGACCCUUUCACCACGCUGCACGAGUUCCUGGACUGGAGGAAAGUCAAGCUGCUACCUCUGAAGCCGCAUGACAACGCUCAACUCAUCAGUGGGGUCUACUUCCAAGGUACCACCAUCGGCAUGGCGCCCAUCAUGAGCAUGUGCACGGCGGAGCAGUCUGGAGGAAUCGUCAUGGAUCAUUCGGACAUCCCUUUGGGCGCGGCGGUCACUCUGGCCCACGAGCUGGGACACAACUUCGGCAUGAACCACGACACGCCGGAGCGAGGGUGCGGCUGCCGGGUGACGGCGGACCGCGGAGGCUGCAUCAUGACUCCCUCCACGGGGUUCCCCUUCCCCACCGUCUUCAGCAGCUGCAGCAAGAAGGACCUGACGGCCAGCUUCGACAAGGGCGUGGGCAUGUGUCUCUUCAACAUGCCCGAGGUCAAGGUGCUCUACGGCGGGCAGAAGUGCGGCAACGGCUACGUGGAGGAAGGAGAGGAGUGCGACUGCGGAGAGCCGGAGGAGUGCAUCAAUCCCUGCUGCAACGCCACCACCUGCACCCUGAAGGGCGACGCCGUGUGCGCCCACGGACAAUGCUGCCACGACUGUCAGCUAAAGGCGGCAGGAACCCCGUGUCGCCAGUCCAGCAACUCCUGCGACCUGCCCGAGUUCUGCACGGGCGACGGCCCCCACUGCCCCUCCAACGUCUACCUGCACGACGGCCACGCCUGCCAGCGCGUGGACGGCUACUGCUACAACGGCGUGUGCCAAACACACGAGCAGCAGUGUGUGACGCUGUGGGGACAAGGGGCCAAGGCCGCUCCAGGGAUCUGCUUCCAGCGGGUCAACUCGGCGGGGGACCCCUACGGCAACUGUGGCAAGGACGCCAAAGGCUCCUUCGCCAAAUGUGACGCACGGGACGCCAAGUGUGGCAAAGUCCAGUGCCAAGGAGGAGCCAAGCGCCCGGUCAUCGGCACCAACGCCGUCUCCAUAGAAACCAACAUCCCCUUACAGGAAGGAGGGAAGAUCCUGUGCCGCGGUACACACGUCUACCUCGGCGACGACAUGCCCGACCCGGGCCUGGUCCUGACGGGCACCAAGUGUGGCAACGGAAUGAUGUGCCUGAACCGCCAGUGCCAGAACGUCAGCGUUUUCGGCGUGCACGAGUGCGCCGCCAAGUGCAACGGUCGAGGGGUGUGCAACAACAACAAGAACUGUCACUGCGAGGCCCACAGGGCGCCACCCUUCUGUGACAAGUCAGGCUUUGGGGGCAGCGUGGACAGCGGUCCUGUCAGGCUGGCAGACGGCGUGGGCGUGACGGCGGGCAUCCUGGCGCUGUUGCUCCUCCUUCUGGGAGGCGGCGCGCUGGCGUGCAUGAAGAGGAAAGGCCUCAGAGGAAUGUUGUCCACCGCCAAGAAGGAUCCCACCGACAAGAUCAGAUCCGUGAGCGCCGCGACCGCCGGCCCCUCCCCUCCCAGCCGGCCUCAGCCGGGCAACGCGGCGUCCCCGACCCGUCCGGCCCCACCCGUGCCGCACGGCGCCGCCAUAUUUAAGCCUCCUCACCGAGGCCUGGGGGCGGAGCUUCUCCCGCCGCCGCCCUACCCAUCCCACAGCCUGCGCAGGUUGCCCCAGUGCCCGCCCGCCCACCACCGCCAGCCCCUUUCCCUCACCGUGUCCCUCGCCCCGCGGCCGCAGCCCAGGCCUCCGCAGCCGCCGCCGCUGCCUCACAGGGUGCCCCUUCCUCACGUUCACGUCACGCCCAGGGCCAUGGCGUGCCGCAGCGCUCCACGCCAUGAGGGCUGCAGGAUGGUGAUGGAACCUGUGCGUCCCAGUCCUCCUCAGAAGCCCCUCCCCGCCGACCCAAGGACGUCCCACCUGCUGCGAGCCCCCGCCCCAUCGUUGAUACCCGGCUCAGUGCGACCUGAAAGGAGCGGCGCCAAGCAGCCCGCCACGCUACCAAAGCCUUGCGUCAUCGCCAACGUCAAAUACAGCAGAUGAGACGUGAGGAUGAUGAUGAUGAUGACGAUGAAGAAGACAUUUGCACUAUGACCCCCCCCCCUUCCCCCAUCUGCCUAUGGUGCUACAAGUUCAGGUACGUGGAAAUGAACUAUUUAUAUGAUCCCUAUUUAUUUCCCACGCGCUGCACUGUGCCUGACAAGAGCCAAGGACCAUGACUUUCAUCUCAUUAACGUCACCAUGGUUACGCAUUCAUAUUAUUAUUAGGAAUAAUCCAAGAACAACAGCAUCAUGUGUUUCAAAUCACUUCAAAGCAAGGCAUCUGUUGAUUUUUGUUACGGUUGUCCGAUGCAAUUUAGUUGUGCAAAAUGGGUUCAAAGGUCACACGAGUGAAGUGUUUUCAUUGGACGACGCUGCCCUCCGCAGGUCAAAUGUUGUGCAAUUCCAUCAUGACAUAAACUUGAAGCCGGCGAAAGACUGAACUGAUUUUACUACAAUUAUUCAUGGUUUUUGUCUUGAAUUUCCUGUUUUGUUGUUAAAAUCACACAAGCGACAAGAAAAAAUAACUUUUGUUACCUUUUGAUACACUUUUCUCUGUGAUGAUGCACUAUGAUUCCUUAGUUAUGUAUGUUGUGUUACUGGUGAACACAUCUUGUUGUCCUUUUAUACGACAAAUAUUUCAUACUUCUUAAUGUGCAGUAA